GAGUAGCACUGUCGAGUGGAGAUCAUUCACAAUGACCAAGGCAACAACACUACUCCUUCUUGUGUUGCUUUCACUGACCAUGAAAGGUUGAUCGGUGAUGCUGCUAAAAAUCAAGCUGCCACUAAUCCAGAGAACACCAUCUUCGAUGCCAAGAGGUUGAUUGGUAGGAAAUAUAGCGAGCAAAAUGUUCAAAAAGAUAAAAUGUUGUGGCCAUUUAAGGUCGUUGCUGGUACCAAUGACAAACCAAUGAUCGUGGUUAAAUACAAGGGUCAGGAGAAGCAACUUUGUGCUGAGGAAGUAUCAUCCAUGGUCCUUGUUAAGAUGCGGGAGAUUGCUGAGGCUUUUUUGGAAAAACCUGUGAAGAAUGCUGUUGUUACUGUGCCUGCUUAUUUCAAUGACUCUCAGCGUAAAGCCACCAUGGAUGCUGGUGCCAUUGCUGGCCUCAAUGUUAUACGGAUAAUCAGUGAACCCACUGCUGCUGCUAUUGCAUAUGGCCUUGACAAGAGAACUAAUUGUGUUGGAGAGCGAAACAUUUUCAUCUUUGACUUAGGUGGUGGUACUUUUGAUGUGUCACUCCUCACAAUCAAGGAUAAGGUCUUCCAGGUUAAGGCCACUGCUGGAAACACUCAUCUUGGAGGAGAGGACAUCGACAACAGAAUGGUGAACUAUUUUGUAGAAGAGAUCAAAAGGAAAAACAAAGUGGACAUUAGUGGCAAUCCUAGGGCUCUAAGGAGGUUGAGAACUGCAUGUGAGAGGGCAAAAAGGACACUCUCUUGUGUUGUUACCACCAAAGUUGAUGUUGAUGCUAUAUUUCAAGGCAUAGACUUCAACUCUUCAAUCAAUCGUGCAAGGUUUGAGGAAAUUAAUAUGGAGCUGUUUGAAGAGUGCAUUGAGACAGUAGAGAAGUGUCUUACUGAUGCUAAGAUGGACAAAAGCAGUGUGCAUGAUGUUGUCCUUGUUGGUGGCUCUUCUAGAAUUCCCAAAGUGCAGCAGUUAUUGCAGGCUUUCUUCAAUGGUAAAGAUUUGUGCAAGAGUAUUAACCCUGAUGAGGCUGUUGCUUAUGGCGCAGCUGUGCAAGCUGCAUUGUUGAGUAAAGAAAUGGAUGCCAAGAGGUUGAUUGGUAGGAAAUAUAGCGAGCAAAAUGUUCAAAAAGAUAAAAUGUUGUGGCCAUUUAAGGUCGUUGCUGGUACCAAUGACAAACCAAUGAUCGUGGUUAAAUACAAGGGUCAGGAGAAGCAACUUUGUGCUGAGGAAGUAUCAUCCAUGGUCCUUGUUAAGAUGCGGGAGAUUGCUGAGGCUUUUUUGGAAAAACCUGUGAAGAAUGCUGUUGUUACUGUGCCUGCUUAUUUCAAUGACUCUCAGCGUAAAGCCACCAUGGAUGCUGGUGCCAUUGCUGGCCUCAAUGUUAUACGGAUAAUCAGUGAACCCACUGCUGCUGCUAUUGCAUAUGGCCUUGACAAGAGAACUAAUUGUGUUGGAGAGCGAAACAUUUUCAUCUUUGACUUAGGUGGUGGUACUUUUGAUGUGUCACUCCUCACAAUCAAGGAUAAGGUCUUCCAGGUUAAGGCCACUGCUGGAAACACUCAUCUUGGAGGAGAGGACAUCGACAACAGAAUGGUGAACUAUUUUGUAGAAGAGAUCAAAAGGAAAAACAAAGUGGACAUUAGUGGCAAUCCUAGGGCUCUAAGGAGGUUGAGAACUGCAUGUGAGAGGGCAAAAAGGACACUCUCUUGUGUUGUUACCACCAAAGUUGAUGUUGAUGCUAUAUUUCAAGGCAUAGACUUCAACUCUUCAAUCAAUCGUGCAAGGUUUGAGGAAAUUAAUAUGGAGCUGUUUGAAGAGUGCAUUGAGACAGUAGAGAAGUGUCUUACUGAUGCUAAGAUGGACAAAAGCAGUGUGCAUGAUGUUGUCCUUGUUGGUGGCUCUUCUAGAAUUCCCAAAGUGCAGCAGUUAUUGCAGGCUUUCUUCAAUGGUAAAGAUUUGUGCAAGAGUAUUAACCCUGAUGAGGCUGUUGCUUAUGGCGCAGCUGUGCAAGCUGCAUUGUUGAGUAAAGGCUUUAAGAAUGUUCCAGAUUUCAGUAUUACUAUGAUCCUGAAGGGGAGUAUUAUCGAACACAAAAACAGGCUUCUGUGA